AGAACUUGGAAUGCGACGAGCUUCAUGUGCCUUGCGAUCAAGGUGGGGAUCAGCCAUUGGCAGGACUAGAGCCAACGACCUAGUCUCGCCGCUGAAAAGAAAGGCUGUCGCCCGGGGGUUCGUCGGGAAUCAGAGACGAGCGUUUACCCCUUCACGACCAGCAUGGCAGCUAGACCUUGACGACCUUCUACAGAAGAACAAAUACGGAGCUUCUGGUGAUCAGCACAAACCAGCCUUGGAUGUCAUUAUGGACAAAGGGAAUCAUUAUGAGAUGUUGAAAGACGAGGUCAACGUUUCUCCGGAAUAUCCUUACGACGUAGACGUGGGUCCUCUAAUAUGCAGAAAGAUGAAUCGAUGUUUCCUUGCUGGAGGAGAGCUGUGUGGCGAAUAUCAGCAGGGGAAUCGGCAAAAGGGGAUGCUUCAGGAUAUCAACUCUGCGCUGAAUGAGGGAGGAUUCUUCUUCAUCUUCAACACUAUGAUCACGGAAGCUCAAUUGAACGACACAUACGAGCACAUGGCAGCCAUGUUCAAGGAGUCUGAGACAGCCCUCGGCAUCGAUGCGCCGAGUCCUUCGGGGAGAGGAUUCAGCAGGAGAGGGAUCCACUCGGCUGAGCCAGGAGUCAUAGCAGAGCAUCUUUGCUUCUCGUUCGGGAAAGACCACGAUCUCCGUGAACCGAACCUGUGGCCUGCAGAUAUCAUCAGACCAGGAUUCAAGAAAGACGUCAGUGAGCUCUUCAACGAGCUUGACUUUAUAUCCGACAUGUUAGCCAAGG